AUGUUAUCUUUGCCGAGCCCAUCCAUCAUUCUUAGCGCUUUGGCGGCGUUGCCAAUCCUCACCUCUGCGUCUCCUACCGGUCUAAUACCAGCUGCACCGCAAUUUACCAAGAGGGAGAUUACUUGCAAUUCCAACUAUGAAGGCUACGCCUUUCUAUACUUUAGCAACCGAGAUGAAAACAUUUAUCUUGCUGCCAGUAACGGAAACGACGCCUUGUCCUUCACCGAGUUAAACAAUGGCAAGCCCAUAUUGACAUCCACAAAAGGAGACGGUGGAGUUCGAGAUCCCUUCAUCUUGAGGUCACACGAGGGAGACAAAUUCUACAUCCUCGCGACUGAUCUUUGCAUCGGCUGCGGCACGAGCUGGGGAGAUGCUCAACGCUUUGGUAGCCGAUAUCUCGAGAUCUGGGAGUCAAAGGACCUCAUCACGUGGAGUGCCCAGCGCCAUGUUGAGGUUUCUCUAGAUAACUACGGCAAUACCUGGGCACCUGAGGCUUACUAUGAUGACGACCUCAAAACCUAUGUUGUAUACUGGGCGUCUGGAAUCUAUGACAAUGAAGCAAAUCCCAAUCAUGAUCCGAUUGAGUACCAGCGUAUGGUAUAUGCUACAACGGAUGACUUUGUAACGUUCAGCGAGCCGAAGAUCUGGCAAGAUGAACCGCCGAAUGGCCGGAUUGACUCCACCGUUAUCAAGGAGGACGGCCUCUAUUAUCGUUUCACAAAGGCUACCAUCAAUGGCUGUGCGGAUAUCGUACAGGAAAGUAGUCCGUCGCUGACUGCAGGGUUAGACGAUUGGCAUCAGAUAGCAAGUUGUAUCGGAAAGAACGCGGGAACGCAAGAGGUAGAGGGCCCUUCAAUCUUCAAGACAAACUGCAAGGAUGUCAAUGGUGCAAGAUAUAUCCUUCUGGCUGAUGAAUUUGGCGGCAAUGGUUAUGUGCCACUAGAGUCGACUGAUCUCGCUGGUGGGAAGUGGACACUCCGCACGGGGUACAAGUACCCCGAGUCUCCUCGUCACGGCACCAUCAUCCCCCUGACUUUGGAGGAGCUGGAAGGUAUCCAGAAGGCCUUUGCCAAUACGGCUUGA